CUACAAGCACUCUUCAAACAAAUUCCACUCACUUCUCUCUCUCUCGCGUCAAAACCCUUUCUCUCGUCUCUGACGCAAAACCCAAAAACCCUAGCCCUAAAUCAAUGGCUGACUCUGUGGUUUCGGUUGAGAAGCUGAAAGCUUUCGCGCAAUCUCAGUAUUAUGACGAGGAGAAGUGGGCCCUCAACAUGAAAUUGCUGCGUGCUGUUGGGCUCUUUGCAGGAUCAAUUGUCCUGAUGCGGAAUUAUGGUGAUCUUAUGGCAAUAUGAGGCUGGAUGUAGGGCUGUAUACUGGUCUCAUAUUUUCUACUGAACUAAGAUGCUGUAGGUUCUUUAUUGGUAGUUAUUUUUGGAAUGGAGUGUAUCUCUAUCUUCAAUGACUUUCCUAUUUUGCAACUAUGUUCCUUCUACUGCCUUGGAGAUGAUCAGAUGAAUGAAUCUGGUUACACUUUCAGGGAUGACCAAACAUGUAGCAUAAUGAUUUAUUUCAGAUUGUUCUGCUCA